AUGUCAGACCAGCAGUCAGAGGACCAUACAGGGCUGCAGCAAAGACCAGUUGUCUCUUCAUUUAUCUUCUCCUCAGCAAAUGGGGAGCUCCGGGUUGCCUUGUUUAAGCGCAGUGAGAAAGUUAGAACUUAUCAGAAAAUGCCUGACUGGCAAAGGCAGCAUCUAGCCCCCAUCUCAGGGAGUAUAGACCACCCAGAAUCGCCCGUCGCGGCCGCCUGGCGCGAGAUUAACGAAGAAACAAGUUUAACACCACGAGAUAUCGAGCUGUGGCGCCAAGGCAAACUAUACAGCUUUAGUGACCCAUCAAUCGGACGCCAAUGGACCAUCUAUCCAUUUGCAUUCCGACUCAAAGGUCCCGACGAGGGUGGCAGAGGCGAAACAGCCAUCAAGAUCGACUGGGAACAUGAAGCAUGGCACUGGUAUGAUCCGUUGAAAGUAGUAGAUGAUGAAAACUUCGGGGGCGUGCCUCGUCUAGCAGAGAGCCUGCGGCGGGUCUACUUUGAAAUGGACAUGAACGACAAAGCCAGCGGCGCACUACGAUCGGGCCUCGACCAGCUUAAAGCAGAUCACUCUAGUGGAUCUCAUGAACUGACAACAAUUGCCUUAAAGGCUUUCCGAGAUGUUCUCGUUCAUUUAAAGGACGACCCAAAUUGGUGGGAGACUACGCGGAUGGCUGCGUGGCAUCUGUGGAAGAAUGGCCGCGAAAGCAUGGGGUCUGCGACUUUGAAUGCGUUUCUCGAGGUCCUGGCUGAUAUCGAUGAUAUCAACAAGACCAAAUCUGAAAUUCAAUGGGAUCGCAUUCUCACCGUGUUAGACCACCAUUUGGAGCGCCGACGAGAGACAGCUUCACACAUCAAAGAAACAUUCAAUGCCUAUUUACACUCGACCUUUCUCCCUCGCAUCCAAUCUCAAGUGAAGAACAAGAUUACUCUUCUCACUCUAUCAGCCAGCUCAACUAUCCGAGACAGUAUCCUGGACGCCUUUAAAUCGCUACCCGUGUCCCACUUAGAUCUACGCAUACUCGAAUCUCGACCUCUCUUCGAAGGAGCAAGCAUGGCCUCUUCACUGCUAUCGGAAUUCGAAAUCAAGUUUCCCCCUCCAUCUGGUCAGCACCUGCAGAUAAGCAUUUACACCGACGCUUCAGCUGCGCUUGCUGCUAGAGACGUGGACUUUGUUCUGCUAGGUGCAGAUCGCAUUUCCAGCUCAGGAUCAGUCAUCAACAAAACUGGAUCUCUUCCAGCUGUUCUAUCUACAAAACACAUUAGCCCAGAAGCACGGGUUCUUGUCUUUAGUGGACUGGAGAAAGUCGCAGAGCCUGGUGCUGAUGAUGACCACGAACCCGAGGAAAACGAUCCAAUGGAGGUUAUCAGCCCCUGGGUGGACAGCGGCAUCAAGGGUGUGAAUAAACUAAUUGGAGGGACAAAUAAUGAGACAUCCAAUUGCGUGGUAGAAGUGAAGAAUGUCUACUUUGAAUGGGUGGAUGCUAACAUGGUCGAUGCUUUCAUUACUGAGGAGGGAGCUCUGGGUGCGACCCAAAUCCGCAGUAAAGCACAAGAAGUGAAGCGACAGGUGGACAAAUACUUCAGCUCUUUAUAA